CUAUUUCCCAUUUUCCAACCUCCAUAUAAAUACGAACCAAUAGAACAGCAACAUCGUUUCACUCUCUUCACGGACCCUAUCAAAACCGUUUCCUUCCACUUCCCAGCUGCACACAAAAAUUAUCAUAUUCAGAAACAUGGUUUUCGAUAGGUAGCCGGUAGGUGUGGUAGCUGUCAAGGGGAUUUCCGUAGCAGAUAUGGAAGAAGGUUUAGGAGACUGCUGUUCCUCCAACUCCACCACCACCAGGAAAACCCAGAAACGGAAGCAGCAACAACACCAAGACAAACCAUACAGAGGAAUAAGGAUGAGGAAGUGGGGGAAGUGGGUGGCGGAGAUUAGAGAACCCAACAAGAGGUCCAGGAUCUGGCUGGGUUCUUACGCCACCCCUGUCGCUGCCGCACGCGCCUACGACACCGCCGUCUUCUACCUCAGAGGCCCUUCCGCCCGCCUCAAUUUCCCCGAACUGUUGUUCCAAGACGACGACGUCUCAACCCAAGAGGGCAACAUGUCCGCUGAUUGUAUACGCAAGAAAGCGACCCAAGUCGGCGCGAGAGUCGACGCGCUCCAAACCGCGCUUCAAUCAUCGUCGUCCCACUCCGCUAAUUCCAGCCACGUCAGCUAUGCCAAACCAGACUUGAACGAGUAUCCAAAACCCGAAGAUUAGUUUCCAGCGAUCCUUUAUGUUUCAAAACCUUUAUAUAGAAUUAUUCUCAUAUCAUAUAUCUGGGUAUAUAUUUCAUAUUUUCUUCCACUUUACUUUAAAUUAGAACCUAGGAAGAAAUACACACACACACACACACCGGAGACGAGGCUAACUUAUUCAUGAGGUGAGUGAGUAACUCAUACACGUAUCGCUCACUUCUAGAAGAACAAAGUUUAGCUCUUAACCAAUCGAAUGAGAUCGUGUAACAGAUUUUUUCUUUUUUUUUUCAAUUGUGUAUGCCGAAGUCGUAGACUGGUAGCAUAGGAUGUGGUCUUUUCUAGGUCGGUGGUGUGUUGUAAACAUGUAAUAUGUAACGAGAUAUGUAUCUGAUGGUUGGACUAGUCACAAUCGAAAUGAAAUUAUUGUCGUUGCA